UUCCCAUUACCUGCCCUCCCUGCACAGACUCUCACUGCCCUCCAAGUGCCUCUAAGCUCAGGACAAAAGGUCCCUGUGUGAAUGCUUUCAUUUUUUAAUGGACUAGCUAAAGAUCUCGCCUACCUCUUCGAAACGUUUGGUCUACCAUUGCAAGGAUCUAUAAUACUUCCGAAUGAGAUUAUUAAGAAGACACUAUGGGCCCCUGAAGCUCGCCCUGGUGGGUGUAGUAUUUGUGAUCUUUGUUUUCAUUAUGCACAAAGACGUUGGGAAUGGUACCAAAGCUGAUCCGUGGUUAAAAAACAUUGUUGAAAGGAAAGAUCAAGUCAUUGACAUCAUGAAGGGAGCUGUUAAUAACUUAAGGGACUCCAUGCCAAAGCUUCAGAUCAAGGCCCCCGUACAGCAACAGGAAUCCGUACAGAAUAGCAAGUCCUGUCUUCCUGGAUAUUACACACCAGCUGAACUAAAACCAUUCAUGGAGAGACCUCCACAAGACCCCAACAGCCCUGGUGCGGAAGGGAAAGCUUUUAAGAAAGAUCAGUGGACUGCAGAAGAGACAAAGCAGAAAGAUAAGGGUUAUGAAAAGCAUUGUUUCAAUGCAUCUGCCAGUGAGAAGAUUUCCCUUCACAGAGCCCUUGGACCUGACACCAGACCCCCUGAAUGCAUUGAACAGAAAUUUAAACGUUGCCCCCCACUUCCAACAACCAGCGUAAUUAUCGUCUUUCAUAACGAGGCCUGGUCUACCCUGCUUCGCACGGUGUAUAGCGUGCUACAUACAUCACCAGCCAUCUUACUAAAGGAAGUCAUUCUUGUGGAUGAUGCCAGUGAGGAUGAUUACUUGAAGCAACCAUUGGAUAACUAUGUGAAGUCCCUACAGAUCGUAAAGAUAAUAAGACAGAGAGAAAGGAAGGGUUUGAUCACAGCACGGUUGCUGGGUGCUAGUGUUGCUACCGGAGAGGUGCUGACCUUCCUGGAUGCCCAUUGCGAGUGCUUCCAUGGGUGGCUGGAACCUCUCUUGUCCAGGAUAGCAGAAGAUCACACUGCUGUUGUGAGCCCAGAUAUAACCACUAUUGACCUAAACUCCUUUGAGUUUUCCAAACCGGUCCAGUACGGCAAGCAGCACAGUCGGGGGAACUUUGACUGGAGUUUGACAUUUGGUUGGGAAACAAUCCCAGCGCAUGAGAAAGAAAGAAGAAAAGAUGAAACAUACCCAAUCAAGUCUCCAACUUUUGCUGGUGGUCUUUUUGCUAUUUCCAAAUCGUACUUUGAGUACAUCGGAUCCUAUGAUGACGAAAUGGAAAUUUGGGGAGGAGAGAAUGUGGAAAUGUCUUUUAGGGUCUGGCAGUGUGGUGGACAGUUGGAGAUAAUACCUUGCUCUGUGGUAGGCCAUGUGUUUCGUACUAAGAGCCCCCACUCGUUCCCUAAAGGAACACAGGUCAUCUCCAGAAAUCAAGUGCGUCUUGCAGAGGUCUGGAUGGAUAGAUACAAGGAGAUUUAUUACCGGAGAAAUCAACAGGCUGCCAAAAUGGUCAGAGAGAAAAGUUAUGGUGAUAUUUCUCAAAGACUCAAGCUCAAAGAAGAUUUGAAAUGUAAGAACUUUACGUGGUACCUGGAAAAUAUCUACCCUGAGAUGUUCAUACCUGACCUAUCACCAACCUAUUAUGGUGCUAUUAAAAAUGAAGGAUCCCAGAAAUGUCUGGAUGUCGGGGAGAACAACCACGGUGGAAAGCCGCUGAUAAUGUACCCAUGCCACGGAAUGGGUGGCAACCAGUACUUUGAAUACUCCACGCAGCGUGAGCUGCGGCAUAAUAUUGGCAAGCAGCUGUGCCUACGUUCCAAGUAUGCGCCGGGUCAGGUGGAACUUGGGGAUUGUCAGUACAAAGGAAGAGGGACAACUGUGCCCGGGAAUGAAGAGUGGGAGAUUACAAAGGACCGCCUGCUUAGAAAUGUGGGUUCCAAUAUGUGUUUAACAUCUUGAGGGGAGCACCCAUCUACUAUCGAGUGUAACGCUUCGGACAUACAUCAGCGCUGGGGCUUCAACUAAUGUUUUUGGGUUAUCCGCUACCUCUGCCACAG